ACUCGCUUGAAGCGGCGGGAUGAAAAAUGGCUAUCAUCGUCAGACUCGGUGAACUAUCGGUGCCUUUUCUAUUCAACUCUCCUUUUUAUUAACAAAGCGGCCGAGAAAACCAUGUUAGCUGUCAGCGGUGCGAGCUAAACCCGGAGCUAACGGGCGGUGGUUCGCUCCUUCCCGGCCGUUCGAGGGGCUCUGUGUCCGGGCUGAAGAAGCAGAUGGAUCGUCGGUGUAUUCGGGUAAAAGGCGGAAGACUGCAGAUCAACACAGCGAGCAGAGAUGCUACCAAGCUACAGCCGCUAACCAGCUAACUGCGGGGAAACAGCCGCUGAUUCAACCAGGUAAAAAAAACACGCACACACCGGGCUGACAGCGGGCUGUUCCCGGUGUCUGUGCCCCGUUACACGCAGCGUCAUGUCGGCGGACUGCUGAGUGGACGGACCGCUGACUUCAACGUCUGGAGGCUAAUAAAGCUAGCCUCGGUGAUGUGUUUGUUUGUAAUGAAGGGAGAGUUAGCUGGAGUCUCUCAGGGUCCGCAUCUAUCUCUAUCUCUGAUGUGUCGAAACACACUUUGAAAAAUAAUCUAUGAGAGAAUUUCUACAUUUAUAUUCUGUAAAGUGAAGAUUAAACACAAACAGCCAAAGAUAAACACCUGAAAAUGUGAUACAAGACACACAAGAACCAGCUCCACCUGACAGAGUAGAGAGGAGGGUUUAGAUGUAGUAUUUCUCUGUAUUAAAGUGUCAUAAACAGACAGCAGACACAUGACUGAGUGUCUUUGUUUAAAAAAGAGUAAAUUUAUAAUAAAAUCAUGUAGUUUUGGCUGAAAAAAAAAACAAACAAGAGAAACUAUCAGCAUUAGAUAUUUACUAAAAGCUAAUAUUGUCGCCUCUAUGAAACCUCAACAUCUGAGUUUUGUUAGCUGGUGGUUUAAAGGGAUAUUCCGGCAUAAAAUUAAUCUAGGGUCAAACACACCGUAACACCGAGUUAGACCCCCCCUCCAGAGAUGAAUGUUACCGACCGCUUGCUUCUCUAGUUAUACCAACUUUAGUAACGACCGCAGGAUAACAAUACAGAGAGCCACACGCUCAACCAAAACGCCACUCUAUAGCCACAAAUAAUGCUCAGAACAGCACCUAACUUCAUCAACAGGACAUAUAGGGUCACAGACAUAGGACUAGACACCAAACAUCUUUUUAACUUUGACUCAGGCCAGUCCAUUAUGGACUACAGCGGGGUGCCGCAGCUCAAGGAAGAACAUUUAUGAUCAUUUCUUCAUGGAAAUACAAUCAGACCGAGACGCUAAGACAGAAGAACUACUGCGUCUGCAGUGAAAAAGGAUAAAUAUGAUGAUUAUUACUUCAAGGAAAUGAUAAAGAAAUGAUCAUAAAUGUUCUUCCUUGAGCUGCGGCACCCCGCUGUAGUCUGUAAUGGACUGACCUGAGGUCUCUCUACAAACAAGCGUCUGCUGGAAGAGAGUAGGUGAGUUGUGUUUAGUCUCUUUGCUAAAGAAAUGAGUCAAAGUUAAAAAGAUGUUUGGUGUCUAGUACUAUGUCUGUGACCCUAUAUGUCCUGUUGAUGAAGUUAGGUGCUGUUCUGAGCAUUAUUUGUGGCUAUAGAGUGGCGUUUUGGUUGAGCGCGAUUGUCCUCUAUGUCUCCGAGUCUGGCCUUCAUUGUGGGGCUGUAGGAAAUCUAACUUUAUGUGAGUCUGACGUUUGGGUCCGAUUACUCGAGUAAUCGAUGGAAUAUUUGGUCGAAUACUUGAUUACUAAAAUAUUCGAUAGCUGCUCGUUUGAGUUUUGUUGACAGGUGGUAAAAGUAUGUAACUUUGUUUUUACAUACAGUACAGGCCAAAAGUUUGGACACACCUUCUCAUUCAAUGUCUUUUCUUUUUUUUUUAUAUGACUAUUUACAUUGUAGAUUGUCACUGAAGGCAUUAAAACUAUGAAUGAACACAUGUAGAAUUUUGUACUCAUAAAAAAAGUGUGAAAUAACCGAAAACAUGUUUUAUAUUCUAGUUUCUUUAAAAUAGCCACCCUUUGCUCUUGAUGACAGAAGUACCUUGUCAGGGUUACUUCAGGCACUCCUGUGAAGUAAAAACCAUUUCAGGUGACUACCUCAUGAAGCUCAUUGAGAGAACAGCUAAAGUUUGCAGCGCUAUCAAAAAAGCAAAGGGUGGCUACUUUGAGAAAUCUAAAAUAUAAAACAUGUUUUCAGUUAUUUCACACUUUUUUCUUAAGCACAUGAUUCCACAUGUGUUCAUUCAUAGUUUUGAGAAUCUACAAUUUAAAUAGUAAUGAAAACAAAGAAAAUGCAUUGAAUGAGAAGGUGUGUCCAAACUUUUGGCCUGUACUGUAUAAUGACCUUCAGAUAUGGAGGGUUAAAGAUGUGACUCGUGUUUGUCCGUCUGUCGCUCACCCUCUGAAUUUCUCUCUCUCUUGUUUUCAGGGAAAACUGAGGACACAUUUUGACAGACGACAUCCUUCUUUAUGGAUCCGAAACAGGAACAUUUGAACUGAGAACUCGUGUUUCAUACUCAGCUUGACGCAGCGCUCAGCAGAUCUCAGGAUGGCGAGCAGGAGGAAGUCCACCACCCCCUGCAUGGUCCCCCCGCAAGAAACCGUCGACUUGGAUCAAGAGAUGGAGGACGUCAGCGAGGAGGUGGAACAGGAGGACAGUAACGGCGUGGUGACCGUCUCCUCUGAGGUGUCCGGUUUGUCCGAGGAGUGUGAGGACGCGGAUGUGAGACCCCUGCCGGACCACUACCUUGACUCCAGCGCAGCAGAGGGAGGUUAUGAGUGCAAAUACUGCAGCUUCCAGACGUCAGACCUCAACCUUUUCACCAUGCAUGUGGACACAGAACACCCCGAUGUCGUCAUCAACACCUCCUACAUCUGCAUGGAGUGUGACUACCACACCAAGAGGUAACAAGACCGCUGUUCUGGGGGAGAGAGGGGGUUCAGAGUUAACCCAGACGCAACGUUUGUGAGAGACAGAUCUAGGGCUGGGCGAUAAGAAAAGUUUAUCAUGAUAUAUUUUUUUCACAUCAGUCGAUAUCGAUAAAUAUCAGGAUAUAAAAAAUGAAAUUUAACAGUGUUUAUUGGUCUCAUGUCUUUGUGUCUCUUUGGCGUUUUGUCGUAAGGCGUUGCUCUCGAGAAAGCAGACUGAAUGGUCGUCUGUUUCAGGCGCCAUGGGCUCCUCGCUCCUCUCGGGGUUUGUAACCUUUUGCGUUGCGCGUGCUCUGCGGCGUGGCGCUGCUUCAGGUGGUGAAAAAGAUUUGAGGUAUUCCCCGACCUUGUGAGAACAUGUACUCGACAUAAUUUACAGUCCACAUUACUCUGCUUCAUGUCCGACCUCCAAAAACCAAAAUACCUCCACACCACUGACGUUUUCCUAACGCCAGUGUUGUCGUUGACAUUGAUGUGGUCAUCUGUUGAGAACUGCUAUGGUUGGGUGUAGCUGCUGUCUGCUAAGACGCAGUUGUUUGAUACUUGGUUCUAAUUCAGAACAUGAUUGGUUCAGAGUGAAGCGAACCCGGAGCGACUCCCCUUUUCAUUGGCUAUUCGUAUAGUUUACCAAAACAUGGCAGAAUGAGGACUAUAGGAAAGAAUAUUAACCAUGUUUUAUAUUGAUUUUGAAGGAUUAAUUGUCGAUAUAUAUAAUUAUCGUUUUAUCGCCCACCUCUAGUCAGACCUGUACCUAUGAGUUCCUCUGCGUGCAACAAACAGGUUUUUGAUUUUGGUUGUCAUGGUCGCCUUUCACCUCAAGUCUGUGUUACUCAGUAUUUCACCAUGUAGUAUUAUUAAAUUUUUGGAUUUUGUCAAAUGUUAAAAAAUCAACUUAAUGAAAAUCUCAGAAUUUUAUAUCAUCAAUCAGCCGAGCCGCUCUCUAAUAAUCAGGAUCAAUAUCGACCUUUGAAAAUGGCGAUCAGCUGACCUCAAUAGUUCAAAGCGGACUGAUAAUUAAAUCCUUUGUUAUUUUUUUACAGAUAUAAACAGAAAAAAAACAAAAACAGUCUUUACAAUUACACGUCCUGGAGUUGGUUACUGCUCCAGGACGAAGAGAUGUUUUUGGAAAUUUGCCUUUUUUUUUUUUACUUCAUUUUUAUAAAAUUUUUAACCACAAUAAUACAGCGUUUACAUCUCAAUACAGAACACUUCUUUUCCUUUUGUAUUUUUACAAACAUCCUCAGAUAAUGUAAUUGAAUCAAAGAGAAUAAUCAGAGUGAUCCUCGCAAAUAAACAAUGUCCACAUUUAUAGGUCAGAGGCAGGAUGACAAUAUUUUCAUAUGGAUAAGAAGUUCUUACUAGGGCCCGACCGAUUUAUCGGCGAGCUGAUUAAAUUGGUUAAUUUAAGCCCGUUUGAGACUAAUUGGUAAUCGGCCAAAACUCGCCGAUUCUCAGGAGCUCUUCAGGUCACUCACAGAUCAGCUGUCGCCGCUCGUCUCUGGUUAUUGUUUCGGUUUUGACUCGUCUCUCUUUUCUUCCAGUUACGACACUCUGCUGGCUCACAACGCUCGACUCCACCCCGGCGAGGACAACUUCACGAGGACGAUGGUGAAGAGAAACAACGAGACCGUCUUCCAGCAGACGGUCAACGACCUCACCUUCGACGGCAGCUUCGUCAAAGUGGAAGACGACGAGGGCGAGGACUCGACGCGUAAAGGCAUCGCCCUCAGUAAGACCCCCAUCAUGAGGAUCAAAAGCCGCUCGGAGGCCAAGAAGUUCACCAAGAUGCCCGCAGACGAUGUCAUCAAGGUGGAGAGCGACGAAGACGAGGACGAUGAGAAUAAAGAGCCGCCCACGCUGUCUCCCGCCCCUAUGACCCCCACCCCCACCGCCGCCCCCCGCCUCCUCUCGGUGUCGGCGCCGCUGCAGGUCCCUCAAAGCAUCGUGGUCAACAGCCCCAACGUGCUGCAGAUCAAAGGCGGGUCGGGCGGCGGCGCCGUGCUGCCCCCUGGAACUCUGGCUCAGGUUCUGUCAGCUCUGCAGAACCAGCAGAACUGCACCCAGACACAGACCCAGCUCCUCAUCCCCAUCAGCAGCAUCCCCACCUACAACACGGCCAUGGACAACAACGUCCUGCUGGUCAGCGCGUACAACAGGUGAGCACACCUGAAGGGGGCGGGGCCUAACCUGGUCACAAAAACAUUUUCUAAUUCUGGUUCUCAUGAGUUUGAUGCUGCAGAAACGAUUUUUUAAAGUGACGGCUUAAAAAAAAAAAAAAAUCUCUUGAAAAUAAAAAAAAGGGAAAAUUUAUGAGUUUAAAUGAAUCAUUUUAAAAACUUUUAACCCUUUAAUGACUUUUGAUAAUUACUUUUAUAUACUUGAAAAAACACCUGAAUACAGUCAGAUAAAUGAUUAAAAUGUCCUCUUGUAGUUUAUCAGUUUUUAAAAACAUCUCAUGUAUCAAAUGAGAUAAAAAAAUAUAUAUAUUUGUUAAAUUUUAAGGACGUUUUGAUUAUUUUGGUUUUCAGUAGUAAAUGAAAUAAAUAUUUCAGCUCUAAAAGAAUUUAAAUUUUCUGGCCAUAAUUUGUGGUUUCAGGCGUUAAAGGGUUACAGGCAGAAAAAUAAAGAAGUAAUUGUUUGUUUUGAUGUUAAUUAGCGUCCAUACCUUCACAUUCGAACCCCUAAACAGAAGAAUAAAUAACUAAAAAAGAAGAAUAGUGAGCAGAUAUGAGCAGAAGAGGUUGAAGGACGUCACACUGAAACUCCUGCUGCUAAUUCAGACUCUCUGAACCUCCUCCUGUGUUAGCGUUCACACCGACCCCCUUAAAUCCUCUUUAUUAAUGUCAAGACUUUUAGACUUUGUCAGGAACCUCGAUUUCAACAAAAUGAAAAUAAAAAAAUUCAAUUGACUCAAUUAUAAAAUUCUCUUAUCAAAAUGAUGGCAUUUGUUGUGUUAGGAUCACUGUUGACCUGGUUAGAUCAAUAUCCAAUAAUCAGAGCAAAAACUGAAAUCAUGUUUACACUGACAGUCAGAUCCUCUUCAAUCAUGUGAGAUUUAGAAAAUUCUCAUUUUUCCUGCAUAAAAAACUAUUAUGAUCAAUAAUUUCAUGGAUAAUGAAGCCGAACAAGGUAACCUGGAGAUGAGAACCAAACUGGAUGAUAGAGAACUGUUUUUAAUUUACAGCUGAUUUAAGACACGGGUCAAAACUGACCUUUAACUUGGUGGGUGUGUAGUGAAAGCGAACACAGGAGGAAGGUUAAAGGUUAAAGGUUAAAGGUUCUCCUGUGACCUUCAGUAAGUUAAAACCUUAAAGACGUUGAUUUAUUUUGUUCAUGAGCUUUAAAAGUUGUUGAAUUUAUAAAACGAGAAACAUAGGAGCAGACUGAGUGACGUCUUUACACCGCUGUCAUUGUUGUUCUGUAUCUGAGACAGUUUUUUUAUAAAACUCAAACCCGUGUUUUUCCGUGUCCCUGCUGCAGGUUUCCGUACCCCUCGGUGUCAGAGAUCAUGGGUUUGUCGUCUCAGACCAAGUUCAGCGAGGAGCAGAUUAAAGUUUGGUUUUCCGCUCAGAGGCUGAAACACGGAGUCAGCUGGACGCCAGAGGAGGUCCGUGAUUCACGACACACUUUUGGAUUUUUACACCUCAUAUUUUCACAGAGCAGCUGAGGCGCACUGGGACCUGAUACGGAGCGAACGCCGAAAUCUAUCUGAUGAAUCAUCACGUAAAAUAACAUCCUGCUCAGCCUGUUAUUAAAUCUGACUUCAGCUGGUUAAAGAAAUCACAACUUCUUUGUUCAACGUGAAGUUUGGAGCCGUUUAUCACCUUUAAUUUCAUAUACUGGAUAACCUGGAGUUUCCUCGACAUUAAGUUCAGAGUAUGAUAGAGAGAAGAAGUCGAGGACGACAUGAGGAGAAAGAACAGUUUAAGAUUUCUGUGACUCUCAGAGGAAGUUUGUUUUUAGAAAAGGUCUGAUUUCGGUCGUUUGUCUCUGCAGGUGGAGGAGGCGAGGAGGAAGAAGUUUAACGGCACGGUGCAGACCGUCCCUCAGACCAUCACUGUCAUCCCUGCCAACAUCGCCGCCGCAACAAACGGCCUCCAGUCCAUCUUCCAGACCUGCCAGAUCGUCGGCCAGCCGGGGCUCGUUCUCACUCAGGUGGCCGGUAACGGCAGCGCCGUACCUGUCGCUUCCCCCAUCACCCUGACGGUCGCAGGCGUCCCCGGGAACCAGCCCAAGGCCGCCGAGCCCACGACGGCCGAGUCCAAGACGGAGCUGUCAGCGUCGUCUGUGAGCGCGGCGCUCAGUUUGGACUCAACGGCGUCCAAACCGAAGAAGUCCAAGGAGCAGCUGGCCGAGCUGAAGGCGAGCUACGGCAGGAGGCAGUUCGCCACGGAGGCGGAGAUCUCACGACUCAUGCAGGUCACCAAACUCUCCAAACGAGCAAUAAAGAAGUGGUUCAGUGACACGCGCUACAACCAGAGGAACUCCAAGGAUCAUCACGCCGUCCUGCUGAGCGAGAGCUUGUCCAGCAGACCUGCAGCGCCGCCGUCAGGAGGAAGAGGAGGAAGGAGCGGCGGCGGCAGCCUGAACGAGAGCAUCAGCAGUGAAAACACCACCGCCACCACCGCCACCAUCAUCAUCGACUCCAGCGACGACGCCAGUGACUCCUCCCCCACUUCUGCCAACGCCCCGGGGUCGUCAGGCUCCUGCAGCGACCUGAGGGUGAAGUUUCGUCACGCCUUCCCGGACUUCACGCCGCAGAAGUUCAAGGAGAAGACCCCGGAGCAGCUGCUCAUCCUGGAGGCCAGCUUCCAGAAGUCCGACACGCCGUCAGACGAGGAGCUGAGCCGACUGCGGGUGGAGACCAAGCUGACACGGCGAGAAGUGGACGCCUGGUUUACAGAGAGGCGGAAACUGCCCUUCGGAGCGCUGCUGAGCGACGAAGACGGCAAGGGGGACGGUGAGAAGGCGAAGGCAUCCGCUGUGCCUUCGUCUACAGCUGUGGAGCGGCAGACCACGCCGCCAUCUUCGAGGAAGGCGGUGAAGAAGACGCCAGAGCAGCUCCACAUCCUGAAGAAGGCCUUCGUCCGCACACAGUGGCCGACGGCGGAGGAGUACGACCAGAUGGCGGAGGAAAGCGGUCUGCCGAGGACGUACAUCGUCAACUGGUUUGGAGACACGCGCUACGCCUGCAAGAACAGCAGCCUGAAGUGGUACUACCUCUACCAGCGAGGGAAGGUCAGGACCCCCGUCACAGACAGACCUGCCCUCUGGGUCAAAGGGGGCGUGUCUUAAAACCUGAAUCUGUGAACAAAAAAAAGUCUAACCCGAUAAAUGUGAUUUUCUUUUUUUUAAAGGUGGACGAGGCGCUGAACGGAGGGGCGAAGAUCCAGAAGAAGUCCAGGAAGCGUUUCCGUGGUUGGUCCAGGAGAACACGUCGGCCAUAUCCCUGCAAACGCCCUCCACAGGGGGGCGCCACUGCCAUCAAGGUCUGUGUCUCACGGUCUCACGUUCGCUCAGUCGGAGUUUUCAACUUCUGCCGGAGAAGAACGUAAAAAACUCUCGACCCAACGCCAAAAAAACCCUCAAAUUUUCUCGCACAGGUCCGCCCUCGUUUCAGGGAUUCAGGAUAUGGUCACUCUAACAUUUGUCCUGUGUUUACAUAAACAUAAUCAUGUCAGACUUCAUGAUGUCUCUCAUAUUUGACUUCAUACCGACCAGAAUAAACGCUGUACAGAUAGUUUGUCGAUUAUUUUAGACUCUCGCUGAAGGUGGCGUUCGUCUGUUUCUGUUAUCAGAGACUCAAUAAAUCAAGAUUUAAUGAUGAAGAACAGUCGACUUUUUUAAAUCAAAGAAAGGCAUCGAUAAGGGAAUCGUUAAAGAAUUGAAUCGAUAACGGCAUCGAUAUCGAUAAAAUCUUAUCAAUUCCCAUCAAUAAGAUCUGAGCUGUAAAAUAUCUGAACACCCGUGAAAAUCCAGAUUAGUGGAUUUUAGAAAUAACAGAUCUGCAGACGGUAAAAACAGAGAUCUGAUGACCGGACCGUGAGGUGACGGCUGCUGUGAAUGAACCAAUCAGAGCUCAAGUUUAAGCUGAUUAAACAAACUUCAUUCGGUCUUUGGGCCAAAGAAAUCAGUCUUUGUUACUAAAGUCUUUGUCACGGCUCCCCCUGCAGGUGAAGUCCGGUAAGGCGUUCCUGAAGGAGUACUACCUCAAACACCGAGUCCUGAGCGAGAGAGACCUGGACGACCUGGUCACGAAGUCCAGCAUGAGCUACGAGCAGGUGAGGGACUGGUUCUCCGAGGCCGCCCGCAGGGUGGAGGAGGGGAAGGAGGCCUUCAGCGACGAGGACGCAGAGGCGGAGGCUGAGGUGGAGGGGGAGGAAGGGGAGGAAGAGGAGGAGGAGGAGGAGGAAGAAGAGGAGGAAGAGGAGGCGAUGGUAGCAGACGCAGCAGAAGAAGAAGAAGAAGAGCAGGCGGACAGCGAAGGAGAGAUGGAGGUGAAAGAACAAGGAGAAGACGAGGACUGCAACGAGGACGACAAAGAGGUGAAGCAGGAGGAAGAAGGAGAAGAGGAGGAGGAGGAGGAGGAGGAGGAGGAGGAGGAGGAGGAGCAGGAGGAAACCAUCCAGGAGGAGUCUGAAGGUGUCAGCCAAUCACAGCCUGAGGAGCAGACAUGAGCGGACAGGUGAGCCUCCUCGACUUUCCGGAACACUCAGUCAGAAGGUCUGAAAAAAUAAAUGAUUUAAAAAAUAAAAUCCCAAAAUAAAACAAUUACAAACCAGAAAGAUGAGAGUUUAGCCUCAUAAUCUGAGAUACUUUUAUUUUGAAAAGCCCAAAAUUAACCAUUACAAUCCAGAGAAACAUGAGAGUUUAUCCUCAUAAUCUGAGAUACUUUUAUUUUGAAAAUCCCCAAACCAUACAAUUACAAUUUCAAACCAGAAACAUGAGAGUUCAUCCUCAUAAUCUAAGAGACUUUUAUUUUGAAAAGCCCAAAAUCAUAUAAUUACAAUUACAAACCAGAGAAACAUGAGAGUUCAUCCUCAUAGUUUGAGACUUUUAUUUUGAAAAGCCUGCAGCUGUUAUCAGAGGAUGUUUUCGUUUCCAAACCUUUAAUGAGCCUCUUCUGUGGUAGUUCGCUUCUUUUGACAUUUACUUUGUCGGUUCUCUGCAGAUCCGACGUCCCGCCUCCUCAGACGGCGCCGACAGGGAGAAUCUGAUCAGUGUUUCUAAGCUGGUGGCUCUGGACCCAAAGAUGGCGGCAGGACGCUCAGACAGAGUCCCAGGUCCAGACGAGGCGCGGGGUUAGUUCGUUGGAGUCGACCUUUGGGUCCAGAUCAGCUGAGAAUCACUGAGUUCAUGAACUGAGGGACCAAGUGAAGGAGCAGGACGACUCCAGAGUAAGUCACCGCUCCGCUCCUGCACAGACAACAAGGCUUUUAUUUUGGUGGGAAUGACAGGGCUUUCAUUUUUGGCCUUUUUUGUCGUUUUUUUCUUACAAAAAAAAAAAAAAAAGAAGUUUUAAACUUUGUAUAAAGAAACAAAUCCAAAACCUUUUGAAGAGGUCAGACCUCGCAUGGAUUCAGAUCCACGUUUAAAAAAAAAAAGCAGAGUCAUGUGACUCACCUUCGUCUCCAGGGAACGUCGUCUCCUCCAAACUCAACAACAAAAAAGGUUUCUAAAACCAAACUGUCGCUUCGUUCGUGGAUCUGAACCUCCGAUUAGUGCCAUUCUGUUUAUAAGAGUUUGUUUAUUAUCUUCAGAAGAGUCCGCGCUCAUCCAACUUCUCAACCUUUUUGUAUUUUUUCAAGUGAUUUUAUCGAAGUCUCCGCAGGUGUGAAACACCACAAGGACUGAAUCCAUCAUACUGUUCUUCUUCUUCUUAUUACUACUAUUAUUAUUAUUAUUAUUCUGAUGACAUUAUGAGUUACUCUGAAUACAUCGGUGAUGAUUUCCAUGUUAGCAGACGUUUGGGUCCAUGUAGUUUCAACCUCAACAGUCAGUGAAUUUACCUCCAAACACUUCAGUCAUUUAAAGGAAAAAUCCACCGAAGAACGAGGCUGAGAUGAUCGAUCGAUUGGAGAGCGUUUCUCUGAGAUUUAAUCUGCUUUUACAGAAAACACUCAGGAUGGUUUUGAGAAGCUGUCGCGACACGGUUCAUCCAGCAGAGGGCGCUCAGACUUUCCUCUCAGCUCACAUCAGUGCCAAAUUCUGACAUAUUUAAUAUUUGUGAAGCGUUUUAUUUACCAGACAAUCAAAACAAACUCUAAAUAUCAACAAUCAGCAACAAAUUAAAGGAAAGAAGCAGAAAAUCACAUCAUUUAGAGAAAAAAGAGGAUCUUAUUUUAAACAGAGAAAAAUCUGUCUUUAGGGUUUUUGUAUUUAAAUGUUUUUAUUUGCGACAACGACAGACGGCUCAGCUGAUCAUCUUUUACUCUCUGCUUCAUUUGUGAGUUUAAAGCUUUGAAAGGCAUUCUGGGAAAUGUAGGAGGAAUCAGCCAUGAAAGAGUUUUACAGAAAUCUAAACAAAUCCUCCAAAACAGAAACCUGAGUGUUUUUUUUUUUUAGGUGGAUUUUUCCUUUAAUUUGAAGUGGAAACAGAAUAAAAAAAAAACACAUUUUUGGUGGUAACAUGAUGAAUUUGUUCUCACUUUUUUCACUCAUGGGUCUUUGUGAACAUUUCUCGGCAUUUAUGGACUUGAAAAGGAGACGAACCCGAAUCCUGUUUGUGUCCAAAAGCUAAAAAAAACAAACAAAAACAAAGAAGCCGUUUUGUGUGCUCUUCUUCAGGAAACAGGCAACUUUACCUCAGUCAGUUAAGCUACAAACUCGGUAAGAUUGUGACAUUUACACUUUACCACAGUUUCUUUAAUACUGUAUGCAUGAAAAACACGGUAACGGUUUUUAGAUGGCGCUUCGUUUUCUCUCCUCGCCACCAAAGUCAGUGAAUCACUUUAAGAAGAAAAAAAGAAAAGACGUAGUUAUUAUUAGUGCAUUUAUUUGCUCAAAUACGGGUGAACUAGUUCAAACAUUUCAGGUUUUUCCUCCAGAACUACAGAUACAGAUAUUUUGGGGACAGGAAACCACGAGCACUCGGUUCAGUUCCUGCGGGAACUUUUUAACUUUUUCAUACAUGGGGUCAAAAAAAAAAAAAAGAAAGCUUUGGUUUUUGCUUUUCUCGGCUGUCUCUUCCCGUGUGAAGCCAACGUUUUAGACUCUGUUAGCAUAUGCAAACGUCAGCGAACAAUCAGCAGGUGGAGCGGCGUCCAAUCAGAGUUGAUGUUUUUUAUUUGAAAUGAUUUCUGCAGCGAACGUGAGAUCUUUUUACGAGCUCUUUAACGACAAAUGUUCUGCCUUUCUGCCGUCUUUAAAUCGCUUUAAUAGCCAACAGUUUUUAGUAGUUAAUUUAUUUAUUAUUAUAUCUGGACUUCAUGGAUAUCUUUUUUUGUCUGCAAGCAAAGAAAUAAAAAGUAAGAAACUGAUUUCA